AUCGAUUCGGCGGCCCUGCAAGCUCGAAAAACUUUCCGUUUCCGCGUUUCUUGCGGCUGCUGAUGUUUCUUUACAAAGUAAGCGGUAGUUUGUUUUCGUUGGUUUGAUAGGAACGCGUGUGGUGCGGUGUAGAAAGUGACCGUUCUACGAACCGAUGUGCUGAUAGAAACGUGACUGUUGGUUAUGCGGUGGUUCCUGUCACGAACAGCAGCCCUUGUUCAACCCCUGUUUCACGAGUCUCGCUGCGACGAAGGAGGGAAGCUCUGCAUGAUACAAGCGUGGAGGUCACUGCAUUGCGAUUGGCGGCGCUGUAGUAGCGUCGACGAGAUACCAACAAGGACGACUACGGCGGCGGCGGCGGCGGCGGCGGUGACGACGACGACGACGACGACGACGUCGACGACAACGACGACGACGACGACGAGGACGUCGACAAGAACGACGGCGUGAUCGUGUCGCGGGGGUGGUGGGGUUGAAAAUCGGCGCUUGCCCGGUGUCUCCUGUAUGCCUCUAUCUCCCCUCGAUUUCCUUCCCCUUUUUCCAUCCACUGCCCCCUAUUCUCUCUGGCGGCUCUUACUCCUACCCACCACGUGCGUAAGAGGUACGUGUGCGUGCUGUAGCGGCGCGUAGCCACGCACAUGCGAUCCGGAGUAGAGGAGAGAACGAGCGCAGCACUAUCGACGCGGCUGCGCGUACAACCGGCCGAUUCUACCCGAGAGGGGCUUCGUGUGUAGUGGGGGGCGCGUGUCACCUGUCGUGGCGUUGCGCGGUGUCAGUGUGACGCCGACCGUCGUGAGUAUCGGAUCGUUUCGCGGUGCGUUUAGACAUCACUGAUCGCACGGUGUAUCGGGAUAGACGCAUACGAUCGCGUAUUAUAUCUACGUUGCGUUCGUGCGCCGAUUCGUCGUUGCCUGCGUCUCUUUCGCUUACACGCGUACACGCACGCGUCUCUUCUCUCUCUUUCCCUCUCUCUCUCUCUCUCUCUCUCCCUCCCCCCCCUCUCUCUCUCUCACUCUAUCUUUCUCACUCUGUGUCUCUUUCUUUUUCUCUGUCGCUCGUCCGCUUUUCUCCCCUCACAUAAUCUCUCCUCGUCCCUUUUCGAUCGCCGGCCGAUUUUCGGAUACGUCGUCGAGGUGCGUGCAGGCACGCCGCGUUCGAUCUCGUGAAUGUGCGCGAUCAGGAAGACGACCGUCCGCAAGGAAACAUGCGUGAACAGAGCUGGAGGACAACGACUGCGACAACGACGAGGAGCACGCUGCACGUGACUGCGGCACCCUCGCACGUUUUGCUGCAGUGAGUGGAGAGAAAGGGAGGAAAAAGAGAGUGAUAGAAACACGUCCUUUCUCCUUCCGUUGUUACGUCGGAGCCUGUGCUUAACGGGGAGUAAAGAGUGCCGGUGGUUGGUGCGGUAUUCGUGAGUUACCGAGGUUCUUUCUCCUUUGCGUGAUCCACGGAGGAGACUACGAAUCCUGGCACGUUUUCGGCGUCGUUCGAACCAUCCGAGAGAAGAUGAGGCGUACCAUCUUGGAAACGAGGAUGCACCCCGUGUUAUCCUGCUGGUGCGUUGUCGCCACCGUCACCCUCGUCUUCGCUGCAUGGCAGGAAAACAUCAGGCCGAAGAUGUACGUCCAACUCGGUGCCGAAGAUGUGUUCAGGUUUACGGGGAACGAGACGCACACAGACUACUUUCGGCUGGUACUCCGGGACGGGAACUAUCUUCUGGUCGGCGGAAGAAAUCUCGUGCACAAUCUGAGCCUGACUGAUUUGACCGAGCAACAAAGGUUGACUUGGUACUCGACCGACAGUGACGUGAAGAUGUGCCUGGUGAAGGGCACGCCCGAGGAGAAUUGCCAGAACUACAUUCGCAUCCUCGUCAAGACGGACUCGAACACGUUGCUGGUGUGCGCGACCAACGCUUUCAAGCCGAUGUGCCGCGACUACGGGGUACACCCCGGCAACUAUACGAUCCUGAAGGAGAAGGGAGGCCAGGCGAUGUGCCCGUACGACCCUCGUCACAACAGCACCUUCGUCUACGUGGACGGAGAACUUUACACCGGCACGGUGGCCGAUUUCGCGGGCAUGGAUCCCAUCAUCUAUAGGGAGCCGCUGCAGACCGAGCAGUACGACUCCAAGAGCCUAAACGCGCCAAACUUUGUCAGCUCCAUGGCCCAGGGAGACUUCGUCUACUUCUUCUUCCGGGAGACCGCCGUGGAAUAUAUCAAUUGCGGCAAGACCGUCUAUUCUCGCGUGGCGAGAGUCUGUAAAUACGAUCGAGGUGGUCCGCAUCGAUAUCGCAAUAGGUGGACCUCGUUCCUAAAGUCCCGUCUCAAUUGUUCCGUCACCGGAGACUUUCCUUUCUACUUCAACGAGAUACAAUCAACGACGGAACUGAUAUCGGGUCAGUACGGCAAUAAGUCGGCGCAGCUGAUUUACGGCACGUUCACUACCCCAGUGAACAGCAUCAGCGGCUCGGCCGUCUGCGCCUUUUCCUUGCAAGACGUCACCGACACGUUCAAGGGUAACUUCAAGGAACAGAGCGCCAUCAAUUCGAACUGGCUGCCGGUUCAGAGUACCAAGGUUCCGGACCCGAGGCCCGGCCAGUGCGUCAACGACUCCCGAUCUCUGCCCGAUCUGACCCUCAAUUUUAUCAACACGCACUCCCUCAUGGACGAGCUGGUGCCGAGCUUCUUCGGUCAGCCUAUCGUCAUACGCACCAGUUUCCAUUACAGAUUCACGCAGAUCGCCGUGGAUCCCCAGGUGAAGACUCCCGGCGGUAAGACGUACGACGUGUUGUUCAUCGGUACGGACAAUGGAAAGGUGAUCAAGGCGGUGAACGCCGAGUCGGCGGACACACACCUGAAGGUCAGCCCUGUGGUGAUCGAGGAGAUCCAGGCGUUCCCGUCAACGGUGCCGGUGCGCGGCAUCAAAGUGGUGAGAGCCUCGCAGGCCGGCGACGGCCUCGAGGACGGCAGGCUGGUCGUGAUCGCCGAUAGCCAAGUUCAGGCGCUCAGGCUACACCGGUGCUACAGCGAUAGGAUCUUGUCGUGCGGCGAGUGCGUGGCCCUGCAGGAUCCGUAUUGCGCCUGGGACAAGGUCGAGGGCAAAUGCCGAGCGCUGGUCGGGCCAGCGGCCACCGAUGCGAGCAGAUUUCUGCAGAGCGUGGCGACCGGGCUGCACGCCUCGUGUCCACCGAGCAAAACUUCGAACAAGGACGCGAGCAGCGUCGGCGCCAUCUCCGCCAACCAGAACAAAUUCCCGCAGGACUCGAUGAUACCGAAUAAGGAGGGUCAAGGCGGGGAGAUCAUCAAUAUCAUGCAGGACGAGGAACAGGAUAAUUCGGGUCCCGAGGUAUCGGCGGCAGACUCCCCACCGCCGCAGUAUUCCGUGGAGACCCUGGUGAUGGCCGUGGUAGCCGGCGCGUUGGCAGCUCUGUUGGUCGGCUUCGUCGCAGGCUACCUGUGCGGCAGGAAAUGUAGAAAAGACGAGGACGAUAAUCUGCCGUAUCCGGACACGGAGUACGAGUACUUCGAGCAACGUCAAAACGUGAACAGGCUAGCGCCGGAGCCGAAACUACUGCCCCAGGAGGAAGUGACUUACGCGGAACCGGUGCUGGUUCCGCAGCCUCCGAAGCUUCAUUCGCCGAAAGGGACGAUGCGAAAGCCGCCACCAACCCCGACGGAAACGCUGUUCCAGUUCCCAGACGGAUAUGGUUUCCGCGGGCCGAGGGACAACUUUGGGACCCUACGAUCCCACCAGGGUGACGCGUAUCGACGCAACGAUGGGUUCGCGACCACCCGCAGCGUGAAGAAGGUUUAUCUCUGAGAAACGAGCGAGGAGGGAGGUGGCCGUCACCGGAGCUUAGGACGGCCAGCGCGCAAUCGGCACAACGCGACCACAGCGGCCAGGAGUAGUCGCGCUGUGACGUCUGGGGGACAGUCGAAUCGCGAACUCGCGGGCCCGAGGGCGCUUGAAUCGCCUUCGCCACCCUCGAGCGUCUCGUCUAGUUCCCCGUCUCCUCCCUCCUCGUCACCCUCGCCGACCCUCGUACCGAUCGCCAUGAGCGGUGGUUCGCCACCACCGCCGACGCCGCCCUGCAGCUACAUCUAUCGAUCAUAGUCGUCGUCGUCGUCGGCGUCGGCUUCCUCGCCGCCGCCGUCGUACUCUGCUUCUUGUUACGCGACGCCAGCAGCAGGGACGCCGUUCUACAGUCCCGCUGCGCGUUCCGAUCCUGUAUAGUAGCGUGCGAGCGCUCACUUUCCCUGUUUUCGUUUCCUUUCGUUGCGCGUUCCUUGCGUUUUCGCUUGAUCCUCGGUUGCCUUUCAGUCCGUCGGAAUCGCCGAUACGGGCAUCGGUCGAGUCUACUACCGAGUAUCAUGUGGUCGUCCGACGACGAUUCUUCUCGAGGGAAAGGACUGCUCCGGUAAGCCGGCCGUGUCGAUCGAGCUCGGUAAUCAGGCUCGAUCGUGCUAGAUGGUGCAUUGAGUCGUUCGCAAUGGAACGUCGCGAUCUCCGCCGUUUUAUCGAUCGAUUCCCGAAAACCCACGCGUAGUAUUAUGGCAAAGGUUACUUCUCGUGAAGUCAAUUAAAAGAGACUAUCGUCGGACUCGACUUGCGAUUUUUCUAAUGUUGUAAUAUUUAACGCGAGUGUUUGACAGUGCCAUAAUUGUUCGCGUAAUACUACCGCGUGCCUCGAAACUAAGGGAUGCCAGCGUGAAACGCGCCACGCUCGUUUCGUCUCUGUCCCAUUCGAUAGAGGGACGAACGAUCGAACUCUCUCGAUUCGAUGGUGGACAGGAAGCAGAGGGAGGGAAUGAAACGAAGAAAAGGGAAUAUAUGACGUUGGACUUUAGUCGUCACGGCAUCGUGCCAUAAACGUUGGAUCGUUUGCCGUAAAAUCGCGGAGAUCGCCACGUCGCCUUUACGAUGCGUCGGUUAAUCGGCAGACUCUCUUUAAGCGACUGAUAGUUUGGCGAAACGGAGUUAUCGCCGAGAGAUUACCACGGCCGAUUUCUAAUUUUAUCGUACGUUUCGGAAACGCGCGUUUCGCCACCUGCACACAUACGUAAUACAGAGAGCAAAUGGGAAUAGCUAGAGACAGAGCUAGAGAAGAACAAGUAUGCGUGAGAGGUGUCUAAAAUUUAACAGAGAGAAAGAAGUUAAAGAGGGAAGGUAGAGGGAGAGAGCUAGCCAUGGAGAGAGGAAACGAAUGAGACAUAGAACUUGUAUGUAAAUAAUACACGUAUAUAGAAAGAGAAGAAACAAAUAACAUAUACGAAGAAGUUUAAGAGUUCUAUGAGCUGCAGAUGCGGAAAGGGAGAAACGAGAAUCAGUCCAUCUAGAACCUGGGCCCGAUGAUACACGUAGACAUCUAUCUUAAAGUGCUUCUUAUUUCAGUGUGUUUAGAAGUAACGCGUAUGUGAUAUAUAUUAUAUGACGAGGUGUUUUCUAGAAGUUGAGAGAAAGGAGGAGAGAAAGCGAAAGAGCGAGAGCGACGGAGUAGGUGCGAUGGACGCGGCGAUGAACUCGACGAUCCUUUGUUCACAAGAAUUCACCGCUGCGCUUUCACCAACAAUCUGUCGAGCGUUUUCGCGAAAAAUUUGUAAAAUUUUUCCAUCGAGUUUUGUCCGACGCUUUUACCUUCGUUGUAUUCGUUCCUCUUUCUUCCUUUGCGUUUCCGUCUCGUCCCCGCUCGUCGGGUAUAACACCGAUUCUGUGAACAAUCGAGCGAGAGUGUCACGCCGCCUUCGUUCGUUUUUUCGUUGUUUUCUUUGUUCUUGUUCGACACGCACACUAUCACACCAAGUACACAGGACAACGGACUAGCGCGUUUGUUACGGCGUUUUUCUUAUCGCCGAUCCGUAUCGGUCAGCAAUCCGAUCGAUCGGCUGGUCUUUUUCGAUUGAGAAACGAAGGCUCGCCCGACACACGCCCCCUAAAACGGUAAGACUGAUAAGACUUCUUGGCCGGGCGGGCCCCUCCAUCCGUUUAUCGUUGUUAGAGUACCGUUAGAUCGGCAUCGACCAACACGGUUUCCUUUGUCGACAGUACAAAUUUUCAUCGCGUUUCGUACACGAUAUACGUUGGUCUUGUUUCACGAGCAGGCAACGCGGGCGCCCCGCCACUUCUUUCCCUAUGCUUGAAAACAAAAAAAAAAAAAAAGAAAAAAAUCAACGCAAAGGCCUGUGCGGUUUAUACACGUUCCUGGCAAAAUACUGUCGUUUGCAUGCGUCCGAGAACCUUGCGAGAAGGAGGAGGAUACAGGGCGCUGAGCAUCCUGCGCGUGAAACGACAGGACACGCUGACAAGAAAAAGGGGACUUGAUUCACACACUCAUACAUUACAUACACAUGCGCGCGCGCGCGCGCACACACACACACACACACGACACGUAAUACACGCGUAUACAUAAAUACACAAUCAGACGCGCGCGCACGUUGACGCAGAGCGCGGACAGCCGCGCGUUUCAAAGCUGCCAUGUAUUAUCGACCCGACACUUCUCGUCGUUGCAAAAUAUCUAAUUGUACCUCCGGUGUAGGUAGCGUAUUUUUAACGGCUUGUUUUCACUUGGGUCGGUCGGAGGGGAGCGGACGUUUUCUAAGUUUGAUACGAUAUUAAACGAGUUCGCGCUUUAUCCGUUUAAGGUUCUACUAAAUCUCUCCUAGUGUGAUCCUUUUCGCGAAUGGAAGACUCAGGCACGAUACCAAAGAUUAUUACUUAUAACUAAGCAUACUAACUCAACCGUUGCUCUUUGCGAUGGUGAUUGAACGUUAGAGGCGCACAAAAUAACAAAAAGAAAAAAUAUGAAAGGAAGUAACGUUUUAGGGAUUGCUGACCCCUCGCACAAAAUCGGACGCUCCCGAAGUUAACGUUCGAAAGCAACGCGCUCGAAUAACCUCGAACCGAACGGAUGGUUCAUCUUUUUUUUUUUUUUUUUCUUUCAGCCUUCUUUCGUCCCUCCUUUCGACGCGCGCGCUAACGUUCGUUUACUGAUUUUUCUACCAACCGUUAGCGAAUCGCAACGAUUCCUUCCUCCGUUGACUUCGUUGCCGCACGUUAUGUGUUCAUUGCGAGACUACGAAACCCAAUCGGUAGCGUCGUUUUACAAACGCUGUGGCGUUUCGCGCGUCGCUCGAAUCACGAUAUUUCGAUACGAUUUCUCGAUUGAAAGAGGGGCGAAAGAAGGGUUCGUCGAGUUUUUCAACGACGGCGUUGACGAUCCAGCAAUCGGGGGACACACCGAGAUCACGAUUCGAAGAAGGCGAAGGGAGAAAACGAUCGAAUCGCGCACGACGUUGGAAUCAAGUAAUGCAUGAAAGGAUGCGAGAGGAGAGAAAGCGUCGCGAUCGUUGCACGUUCGGAGAUAUUUUUCGUGACGGGGAUACCGAGUUAGCAGCGUGAUGAAACAAUAAGAGGAAAAUGGCAGGGAUAAUUGAAGGAGGGGGAGAGAAAGAGAGAUUGAAAUCAGAAUUUUAUGAUAUUCUUAACGAUAUUAUAAUCGAACGUUGAUACUUGUAAUAAGAGUUAAAGGGACAAAAAUAGGGAGGGAGACGUUAACAGAGAUUCGUGUUAAACGUGUUCAAAGGAACUCGCGCGUUCGUGUUGUUUAAGCCAAUAAGGAACGGAUUCCAUCCAAGAUAAAAAAAAAAAGAAAAAAACAAACAAAAA